AUGUUUCCAGUGGAGUACGUGUAUGCAGAUUGGAUUUAUUGGCAAACAGCCAGCAAAGCAAAGCGUGCAGAUCCAGAAUCUCUGACAAGUCCAAGUGAACGCGUUAAAGAUACUGGAAGUCAAGUUGAAGGAUUUUGCGUACCUCGGGUUCUUUUCAUGAAAAGUAAUAUUGAUCAAAACAUUAAACUUGGUUUUAUGGAGCACUGGCAGCCAGACUUUAAUGGGAUGACAGAAAAUGACCCCUUUGUAGAGGACGAUGAUAACAAGAUCAUACCUAUCUUCACUACGGAACAUGCAAAAGACGAUCCGAGGUACGUGAAGCUAAGGCUAACACGUGAAUGGAAAGAUCAUUGCCCUCGCUAUAGAAAUGUUUCUUACCUCCACCAUGCAUUUCUGUUGCCUUCAGCUGAUCAUAUCAUGACUGGUAUUAAGAGUGAAAAGACAUUUGACGGAGAAAGUGGCAAGUGGUCGUACAGUCUCCACGGGCCUGUACGUAAACUUCAAGGUGGUGGGUUUGUAAACUUCGAGGAGGAUGACGCCGCAUUUUUCAAGUACCCGGAUGCUUGGCCCGAGCCAGCGAUGGAAUGGUUGAUCCGACCGCGCCCAAGUGGCUGGCCUUCAUCUGAACUGGUCCAGGAAAUAUUCGAAUCCGGUUGCCAUUUAGCUCCCGUUGGUAGGGGAAAACGACUUGAGGAGCCCGUUGAUGUAUUCAAUUACUGUCGAAACCCGGAGGCCACACUGGCCAACUCUUUAUUACCCAGUGCGACGGACGACAGCAGCGACAAGUGGGUGAUGGAUGAAACCGAAUGGCGUACGUCAUUUUCCUUGGGCGAAAAUAAACUCGGGAAAAAUGUGUCACCCGUGCAACGUCAUGUAAUGGUUUUGCUAAAGAUAAUAAAGAAAUUUUAUUUUCCUGAAGUGAUUUCAACGUACUACUUGAAGAACCUAUUGUUUUGGGAGUGUGAGAAGAGGGGUGAAGUUUUCUGGAGGGAGGAAAACUCCGCAAACUGUCUGCUGUUCAUGUUGGAUCGCCUUCAAGACUGCUUGGAGUCGCGUCAUUUGCCGCAUUACUUCAUGCCACAAAGUAAUAUCUUGACGUUCGAAGACCCAUCUGGACUGAAAGAAGCUGCUGUUCAAGUCGCUGAAGUUAGAUGUAAUAUUUUGUCAAAGACAUUCAACAUGUUAAGAAAGCUCCAGUUUCUCACUUUUCAGUCCCAAACCUAUCUUAAAAAUGUUGGUUUGCAGUUAGAACAGCAUUUCGCUCAAAUGGUAGACAAAAACCUUUCAGAAGAAGGUCGGAAGCAGCUUUCAAGUGCUAUACGCUCAAUCUUUGUCGGCAAGUGCAAAGAUGUUGUAACAAGUUUACAACGGAUUCCCUCUAUGGAGCGGGAUAACAUUGAAACGCUGAUAAAUGUGUCAUUAUACGCUUACCAGUCAGUUCUUGCACGAAAUCUCUGUGCGUUGUGGUUUCUCGACAGUAGAGAAAGCAAAGAUCACAAAGCACUGGAAGACGAAGAAUUCAACACAUUUUUAAGGCAGGAGGUUCAAGAUCUUUGCCUGGAUGAGGCAUUUUAUGCAGUGGUGAAUGUCUUCUUCGAGAGUACCAAGAAAGGAUUGGAACCUUCGUUAGCGAUACCUACCACACGAAUGAUGGAGAAGCUGAGAGAGGAAGAGUUGAAAUCAGCACAAAAAAAAGUAGAGGAAGCCAAAGCGGAAUUAUUAAAAGGAGUGUCGCAAUGGCUAAAGACCAGUGAUUUGAAGUUAAUUGCAGAGAAAGCUACCAAGAAGCUAAAAGAAAGGGGAGAGGGUUUCUUUCCUACACAGGAGGACAUAAAGAAUGCAAUGGACGAGGAACUUGCAGCGCUCUUUCAAGAGAAAAUGAAAGGAAACUGACGAUGUCGGGCAAAUAAACUCUCUUCGACAGAGCUAGCUCUGCUGUAGCCUUCAUGCGCAGAUCAGACGCCUUUUUCGGGUGGAGAGAAGCGACGAUUGAAAUAUGCUAGGCUGCGUUCGCAGGCUAACAUAGCGUGCGUUAGCCUGCGAAAACAUCCGUUUCUCCUCGCUGUUCGCCGCUGGGGACGUUUCGCGCGGAGGAACGUCUGCGACUCCGCGACAAAAAUUCCAUACUGAUGACGUAAAACCUGUACGGAAUCCGGUCAGAAGCGCUGAUUGGUCGACGGAGUAGUUACAUUGUUUUAGCUAUUGUUUACGAACGACAGACAAAAGACAAAAGGCCACAGGGGUCAAAGGUAGACGCGAAGAAUCUUUAACAAAAUAGUCAAUGUUUGUGGAAUAUAGUCUUCUCAAGAAGAAGCAUUUGAGUUUUGCUGGAGCUCGUUGGCAGAUGAACACACCUCUUUGCCAAAAUCGCCCAGACGACACGUAAAGUUGGACAAAUUUGUAUUUGGAACCCUCAUGACUACUGGAUUUAUCAUGUAAACAUUGGUUUGCGUCAUCAGUAUGGAAUUUCUACCGCUGAGUCGCAGACGUUCCUCCCCGCGAAACGUCCCCGGCGGCGAAGAGCGAGGAGAAACGGAUGUUUUCGCAGGCUAAGCGUGCGUAGCAUGGCGGUUUUGUCGGGAGUACUACUGAGCGGCGAAGCCGCAAAAACGCACGCCCAACCAAAACCGCCAUGCCACGAAGGCUUAGGCUAAGAGUGCUGUUAAAAUGUAGAAAUAGUUAUCGAAAAAUUAGAUAAACGACUAACGACGACAUAGAAUUCUUCCAGUUAAUAGGUGUUUAAACUGCUCGUAACCAUGCCCUGUUUCCCCAGUUUUAAAUGAUUUUAACCAUGCAUACCGUCAACUGCCGCUUGAGCUUAUAACACCUGGACUUAUACAUCUUCGUAAGGGGUUUUAGGAGGGAUUAUAAACGAGUUAUUAACGGGGGGGAGGGGGGGGGCUUACUUAUAACUGGAAUAGAAAAAGCGCUUCGAAACAAACAUUUACAGGUUUUUAAUUAAGCUUCAAAACGCCCUAGAGAGGAUAAAGCUUUAUUCUCUCUUAAACCGUCAUAAUAAAUUGAAUUCGAGAAAGAAAAGCUUGAUUGGGGGUUUAUAUACUGGGAGGGCAAGGGGGGAGAGUCUCAUAAUCCGAGUUUUUUUGUUUGUUUACAGGUAGAUGGGCCUAUCCCCGGGGGCUUUCAUUAGUGUGGGGAGGGGAGGGGGGCGCUUAUAAGCGGCUGUCUACAGUAUUUCAGUAGCCUAGAGUUAAAGAGAUACAAGGUAAAAAGAGUACCAUCAAAUAAUUGCUAAUGCCUUAUAAAUGUUGGCUUAGCUUAUCCCAGGGAAUAUUUACCUUCCUGAAACACGUCAUUGACGAAAGGUGCGAUUUACCAUGUAGCCAUAGCAACCGUGAUAUUUUCACUUGUGAAGAUAUCAUGUUUUCGCGCGAAAGCUCACCCUGUAUUUCACUGGUGUUUAUAUAAUAAUUUCUCUUGCACUGUCCAAAGUAUUCAAUCCCAAGGGAAACAUUUUGUCAAUUUUAAUCAGCUUUCUUGCACAGAAUUAAUAAUUAAACUGAUAAAUUCACAAAAGUUUUCUCUACAUUUACAUUUGUUAAAAUUUAUCUGAUUAUGUAAUGAUUUACGUAAUAAUUUGUUAUCAAAUCAUAUCGAUGACACUAAUGACUUCAUUGAUCAUUGUUAUCAUUGUUAUUGUUCUUUUUGUUAUUAUUAUUAUUAUUAUUAUUAUCUCUAUAUGUCGAUAUUAACGUCGCCUGAGGCGACUAAUUGUUUUAGUAUAAUUACAUUGAUGAUUAUUCGAGAAAAUAAAAUUAUUGAUCAAUUUCCGACUCCGAAACAUCAACAAAUCUUGCUGCUAUUUUGAAAACUGCUAACCUUCAAUGUUAUAUUGUUUUAAAAAACUGCUAGCCUUCAUUGUUAUAUUGAAGCUCCUAGCCAAUCAUAGCGCUCUAUUUUCAAUAAUCAUCAAUGUAAUUAUAUGAAAGCCCGUUCUGGUCAAAAUCAUGACUAUACAAUUGCACCGCAAGUCAAUUUUAAUCCAACUGCAGCAAUUAUUAUGGACACGUUGUGUAUUUUUGUGAUCUCUAAACAAUACUUUUUUCAGUGUUAGUAAUUAUUUUUAGCAACAAGAGUUAUUUUUGUUUUCAUUAUAGGAAUACUUUUUUCGUUCAUGCCAUGAAUUAUUUUUCAGUAGUACUUCGAAUUAUUUUUCUAAGGUGGAUCAAGAAUUAUUUUUUAAUUGGGCCCGAGAAUUAUUUUUCGCGGUAUCGCAAAUUUAUUUUUUGGUCUACAAUACCGCGUUACCGCGAAAAUAAUUCUCGGCCCAGGGAGAAAACAAUUCUCAAUACACACUAGAAAAAUAAUAUAUUCGAAAGACCACUGAAAAAUAAUUCAUGGUGUGAAUGAAAAAAGUAUUCGUAUAAUUAAAACAAAUAACUCAUGUUGCUAAAAAAUAAUUACUAACACUCUGAAAAAGGUAUUUUAUUGAUGACAAAAAUACACAACAUGUCCAUAAUAUUUGAUGCAGUGAGAUUAAAAUUGACUUGUGGUGCAAUUUUAUUGUCAUGAUUUUGACCAGAGGGGGCCUCCAUGUAAUUUUACUUAUAAUUAUCAGUAUUAAUUGUAACUUUAUCUUAAAGCUCCGUUCUUGCGGGCUCACAAAAUCUCCCUAAGGUCGAUCUACUUUCCGUUGAGCCGAGGGGCUUUGGGGACGAAAAUGUUCACGGGAACUAUGCGGAAGUGACAGCUUGCGAGAUGGCUGAAAUGGUAAGUAUGGCUCCUGUGUAUUUUAUACCUUGAUUUUCGGAUGUUGCAACAUAUUCUCUAUAGAUUAGAUACUUCUGCACCUUACCCUUCCUUGCGGACAUUCUUAGGGCUUUAAUUCCUCUGUAAGGGAGGCUACCCGUUCAGAAUGAACUCGAUCACAGUUUACAUAUGUAAGUUUACGUAAAUCAUAAGUCCGAAUGAAUACUCUGGUAGUUUUGAAAUACAGUAGAAGCUUUCCUUGCGCCUAUUCUCGUAAGCUACCGACUUUAUUUACGUUUAGCACUGUGAAAACCGUUUGGACAUAAUUGAAUUGCGACUUAAACUCUGUAUCUACUGCGACCUCGACCACUUUAGUGAUUAGUGAAGCACUAGCUGGUCUUUCCCUCAGUGAUAAUCUCAAAAAUCAAGGAAAAGAACUUGUAAGCGAUUGUAUCGUAGCAAGAUGACGUAAAACUAUUCAAUACUCUUGUUAAGAAGCCGCUGGUUUAAACACAUUGAUAUACAAAGCUUUUUAUUGAAAUCUGUCGUAAGCGACCACUCUCAUAUUAGUUUGAUAUCACAUGGUCGCUUACAAGAGCUCAUCACGACCAGCUGUAGUUGUGAGCACUUUCACAAAUACACUGAUAGUCGUUUACGAUUUACGAGACUCACAAGAGCUUUGGCUGUAUGAUCUCUUGUACCAGUGUUAAGCUAAUCUAGCCAGCGCCCCGGAGAGCUUGCCCGCAGGCUAACAUAGGCAAAAGUUUCGCACACUCGUUCAAUAGUUUCGAAGGAUCGUUAAGAAAGUGCGAAAAAGAGCUCUGCUCUUGUUGCAGUUUUCUUAACUAACACGAGUACCGGCAAAUGGGUACGUAGGCCAUAAUUUACUGACAGAUUUAACUAGAUUUCGAUUCGCGGCUUCCUUCCGUGUUUAUUUUAAUUAUUACUGGGCUGCCUUUUCACGAUAUUGUAUAAGCAGGACUGUAAAACAGCUCGCUAUUUCGCGCCACACGCCGCCACUUGUUGAACGCCUAGAACAUGUUAUGAGAACUGUAGCUUGAGGUUUAUAUGCUUCUAUAUAAAGAUUUAUUACUACUGCGAGGUUUUGUGAGACCUCGGUGUUUCAACUCGUUACAUAGUUCAAUUACAAUGUGAGUAGGGCUAAUAUUAAUUAAUUAAAAUGUUGGAGACGAUGUUUGAGGGUCCCAAAUAGGUUUUUCGGAAUUUGGGAUUUGGCCUCUUUGGAACCUGGGAUUCGGGAUUCUCAUAUCUCUACGAAUUGAUCCGGGUAGGAAAAACACAUUCCACUAGGGAUAUGUAUUCCCGGGUAGGGGAACACAUAUCACUAGUGAAAUGUGUUUCCCCCUUAGGAGAACACUAUCACUAGUGAUAUGUGUAUCCGGGGUAGAGGAACACAUAUCACUAGGAAUGAAAACUCAUUCCACUAGGGAUAUAUGUAAGGCACAUUCCACUAGGGAUAUGUGUAAGGGGGGAACACGUAUAUCAGGGGCAACACAUAUUACUGUGACGUCACAGUGAUAUAUGUUCCCCGUGCAAAUAAUAUUCUGCUCAUGCAUAAAUAAAACCACGCUUUUUUCCUUCUUGCGUUUGCUUUUUUUUCCGGAUUUCAAGUCCUUGUGGGCUGUAAGAGUAUUCUUACAAUUCUUCACUGAGUUUAAUUGAUGGAUACAUUUCGUUCUGGAGCAGUUAACUUUAUUCACAGUUUAAAGUCAAAAGGAUAAAUUAUUGAAUUGAGAAGAAAUUCAUUUGGUCUCGGUCAAUAUUGAGCUCAGUUAUCGCAAAAUAACGUAAUUUGUCUGUUAAUUAUGCCUGAUGUAAAUUAUUUAAUGCUUUCAACCAACAGAAAAUCCCAGGGCAGUGUCCUCGGGUUCGCUGGAGCUUUCACUUUUGUUGACGAACAUCUCAAAACUUAAAAACACUGUUCCCACUAGUUAAUUUGUUUGUUUAUUUGGUAGUUUUUUUCCAAGGAGCUAGCAUAAUUUUUGGCAUAAUUCAUCAUUAGGAGCAUAAUUUUCCACUAUUUUGCGAAAAAAAAGCACUGCUAGCAUAAUUGUUCUUUUAGCUAAUUUUGCGUCACAAAAUUGUCAAUCAUUGAUCAUGCAACCAAGUUUUUAGAGAUCAGUGUUACACAGGCAAAUUUCAGUAACAACUGGCUCAUUGUCACAUCAUGAGAUCUGGGUUGACCAAGAAAUGAAGGGCUCCUGGGACGAGAAUGGGUCGCACAGGAAGUGACCCAGGACCUUUCCACUGAUGUCAACGCAUGCGCACAACAAGCUCUGUUGACUCAGUGCUUUACCUUUCUAUUUCCAUCUAUCACUGCAAUUUGACUUCGGGGGAGGGAUACUCAACAAAUGUAUCUGCCCCGAGGUCCAACCCCUUGCCAUGUUAUACGCCAUUUUUUCACGAAAAAGGUACCCCUUUCGUAUACCUUCUAUUGACAAAUAGAACAUCUUUCUCACACCUUGUUUUGAACUUUGCAUCCCUUUUAACUGCUAUAAAUGCUCUGUCAUUUAAAUAGGAAUCAAUCACAAAAAUAGACCGUUUUGUCGACUUUAUAAAGCUGUAAAAUUCAUCUGUUAGCCCUGUUUUGGGGGGCCCUUUCACAGACCCAAACUAUACUUCGACUAGCGAAAUCCCAACCCUUUCAUAUACCUGAAGCCUGGAAAAGGUACCCCUUACAGGCGGAGCCUCCCCGUAUAGCCCGUCAUAGGGCGUACCCCUGCCGGCCUUCUAAUGCAUUUCUAGCAUUCUGAUUGGUUCACUCGAUCUCGGUUAUCAUUCAAAAUGUAUCGCCCUUUCUGAUUUGCUUCAAUCCCCCUGCUAAUUCUUCAUAACCAGCCAUAUUUAAAAGAGGUAGCUCAUCGACUUUCUAAAAAGUAUUUACAAGAAAAAAUGGGGAUCUGGAUAUUUACCAGCUUCCUUCUCAAUCUGCAGCAUUCUUCACAUCAUAAUCAGUCUCAUUCAAUAUUUGCUGAAUGUUAGCUCAUGCAGUGACUUUCUCUUUCGAAUUUGCCGUGUAAAAACAACCCACUUCCCGUUCAAGCGAUUUUGUUUCGAGGCAUGUAGGGGGAACGAAUAGAUUAAUAACCUAAAAGUGGUUCUCUUUCCCUUACUAGGGGUGACGAAUGGUAAAAUCCGAGCCUUGCCGAGACGCCGAGACCCUAGUUUAAAAAUCCGAGCCCGAGCCUUGAAUUUGUUUGUAAAAUCCGAGCCCGAAACUUAGCGCUAAAAAAAUCCGAGCCCGAGACGCAGUGAUCCAAAAAUCCGAGCCCGAGAUGCACUUGAUCCGAAAAUACGAGAUACAGCGCUCUGAGCUUUUGUGGGCAUCACAACAAAUAUUUUUCCACUCAUCCCAAAACAUUGGUUUUGUAUUAAAACCAUUAACUUAUCUAGUCUACCAGAAUAAAAUUAAACGUGUUAAGUAACGCAUUACUGCUUAUAGUCUACUUAUUAACCUGGUUAGUUACUUUAUAAACUAGUUAAACUAAUGAUUCGACAUUCUGCCUGGUUUAAAAUUCACACGCCUUCUGAUAGCUUCUGAUCUCUUGAUCUGUCGGCUUCUGGCACGCGUAAAUCUGCGAACGAUCGGCUUUCGACUAUAGCUACUACUGCAAAUGGCAGAGAGUGAAGAGGAAAUAGAAGAGGGUUUUGAAGCAACGAAAGGAAUUAAACGCAAAUACGGUAAGUUAUAAGAUCGUCUUGCUUAGAGCUUAAAGUGCAUUACUAUUUGCUACUAUUAGCUACUAUUACCGUCGCAGCUCGUCGAUCGGACUAUUAGCUUCUAUUUGUAGCUUUUAACAACGUCGUCGAACGAUGCGUUUUGUUCGAUUCGUGUAUCGCAGAGCUUGCUAUUUGUGUCAGCCAUGUUAAGCUAUGUUAGUUAAGCUUAGUAGACUCUUAGUCAGCUUUAGUUCAUGUUGUAGUGUUGUACUUCGGACUAUAUCUGGCAACAAGCCACAGUAGCUCAGUUCCUGGAGCGUUAUUUUACCAUGCAAGCAGGCUUUCGGUGAAUAACUUCACAACCUUAUACCAGUCUUACACUGUGAAAAGAUUGGGAUAGAAGGACAAUGGACAGACGGAUAGACUGUUCUAUUUGUUAGCUUUUGUUGUGGAAAGGACUAAAAAAAUAUAUUUUACGGUUUCGCUGAGCACCUACUGAGUGAAAAACUCCUUGCGGUGUGUUGACAUGUAGCUACAUGUGACAUCCUAAAGAAAGCUAAAGUAGGUCAAUGAGUGUUAGCUAGUGUUAGAAUUCCGUAACUUUCUCGCCGGCUCUCGUGUGAUUCUUAGCUAUUUAAACUUAUUCAGCAUCUUGCGGCUUUCACACGCGUAUAUCUGCAUGGACCCCAAACAAACCCCGGCAGGGGUAAAUUUCUUACAUGUAAUUUCUCGUUUCGGAUAAGCUUGCGGAUAAAAAAUUGAACGUCCCAUUGGCGAGAUUUCGAGAUCCAAAUUUUCAAAAUCCGAGACUCCGAGAUCCAAAUUUUCAAAAUCCGAGACUCCGAGACCGUCAUAUUUCUGGGAAAUCCGAGAUUCCGAGACGCUUUUUUUAAGCGCCGAGAUUACGAGACUCGGCUUAAAUUUGCCGAGACUCAACAUUUUUGAAAGGCCAUUCGUCACCCCUCUUACUAGGAGCUUUCGCUUGGCUUUGAUGAGAAAUCAAAUAUAUGGCUUCAGCCCUUUUCAGUACUCAUUAACUGCAUGUUUCCAGUGGAGUACGUGUAUGCAGAUUGGAUUUAUUGGCAAACAGCCAGCAAAGCAAAGCGUGCAGAUCCAGAAUCUGUGACAAGUCCAAGUGAACGCGAUAAAGAUGCCGGAAGUCGAGUCGAAGGAUUUUGCAUACCUAAGGCUUUUCUCAUGAAAAGUAAUCUUGAUCAAAACAUUAAACUUGGUUUUAAGGAGCACUGGCAGCCAGAUUUUGAUAGGAUGACAGAAAAUGACCCCUUUGUAGAGAACGAUGAUAACAAGAUCAUACCUAUCUUCACUACGGAACAUGCAAAAGACGAUCCGAGGUACGUGAAGCUAAGGCUAACACGUGAAUGGAAAGAUCAUUGCCCUCGCUAUAGAAAUGUUUCUUACCUCCACCAUGCAUUUCUGUUGCCUUCAGCUGAUCAUGCCAUGGUAAAGGGUGCAAAGUUAUUUUACGGAGAAAGCUGCAAGUGGUCCUACAGUCUCCACGGGCCUGUACGUAAACUUCAAAGUGGUGGGUUUGUAAAUGACGAGGCGGAUAACGCUGCUGUUUUCAAGUACCCGGAUGCUUGGCCCGAGCCAGCGAUGGAAUGGUUGGUCCGACCGCGCCCAAGUGGCUGGCCUUCAUCUGAACUGGUCCAGGAAAUAUUCGAAUCCGGUUGCCAUUUAGCUCCCGUUGGUAGGGGAAAUCGACUUAAAGAGCCCGUUGAUGUAUUCAAUUACUGUCGAAACCCGGAGGCCACACUGGCCAACUCUUUAUUACCCAGUGUGACAGAAGACUGCAGCGACAAGUGGGUGAUGGAUGAAACCGAAUGGCGUACGUCAUUUUCCUUGGGCGAAAAUAAACUCGGGAAAAAUGUGUCACCCGUGCAACGUCAUGUAAUGGUUUUGCUAAAGAUAAUAAAGAAAUUUUAUUUUCCUGAAGUGAUUUCAACGUACUACUUGAAGAACCUAUUGUUUUGGGAGUGUGAGACGAGGGGUGAAGUUUUCUGGAGGGAGGAAAACUCCGCAAACUGUCUGCUAUUCAUGUUGGAUCGCCUUCAAGAGUGCUUGGAGUCGCGUCAUUUGCCGCAUUACUUCAUGCCACAAAGUAAUAUCUUGACGUUCGAAGACCCAUCUGGACUGAAAGAAGCUGCUGUUCAAGUCGCUGAAGUUAGAUGUAAUAUUUUGUCAAAGACAUUCAACAUGUUAAGAAAGCUCCAGAUCCCACCUUUUCAGUCCCAAACCUAUCUUAAAAAUGUUGGUUUGCAGUUAGAAGAGCAUUUCGCUAAAAUGGAAGACAAAAACCUCGCGGAAGAAGAUCGCAAGCAGCUUUCAAGUGCUAUACGCUCAAUUUUUGUCGGCAGAUUGAAAAAUGUUGUUGCACGUUUACAACAAAUUUCCUCCACUGAGCGGGAUGACAUUGACAUAACUGAUGACACAAAUGUGGCAUUAUAUGCCUACCAGUCAAUUCUUGCACGAAAUCUCUGUGCGUUGUGGUUUCUCGACAGUAGUGAAAGCAAAGAUCACAAAGCACUGGAAGACAAAGAAUUCAACACAUUUGUAAGGCAAGAGGUUCAAGAUCUUUGUCUCGAUGAGGCAUUUUAUGAAGUGGUGAAUGUCUUCUUCGAGAGUGCCAGGAAAGGAUUGGAGCCUUCUUUAGCGAUACCUACCACACGAAUGAUGGAAAAGCUGAGAGAGGAGCAGUUGAAAUCAGCACAAAAAGACGUAGAGGAUGCCAAAGCGGUAUUAUCAAAAGGAUUACCGCAAUUGCUAAAGGUUAAGACCAGUGAUUUGAAGUUAAUUGGAGAGAAAGCUACCAAGAAGCUAAAAGAAUGGGGUUCGGGUUUCUUUCCUACACAAGAGGACAUAAAGAAAGCAAUGGACGAGGAACUGGCAGCACUCUUUCAAGAGAAAAUGAAAGGAAACUGA